AUGGAUGCGGACAACUCUACGCUGCCGACGGAACAAUCGGCUGUGCGAGAGACCUGUGACCGGGAUGUCACGAUGUCUCCGCGCAAGCGUAGACGGCUUUCGGUUUCCCUUGAACCAGAACUCACAGAGCCAGAGGCUGCCGGGACGCCAGGAGAAAGGUGCAGCACAGCAGAUACUCCCGAAUCUACGGCCUCGGAACCCAGGUCCCUCUUCAAUUCGACCCCCACGGAGGGCAACAUUGCCCCUUUCCUGACCAAACAUAUCAAGGAUCAGCAUGCAUCAAGGAACAGAUUUGCCCCGAUAGACUCAUCCCUACCGCGACGCAAGGCAGAUUCAAAAUACUGCUAUCGCCACCGACCAGACCUGAAGUGUCGACGUCAGGCAGUUGAGCCUACAGUUGACCAGAUGCAAAGAGAUCUCUCAACUCUGUCACAGAAUGACCAACAAAGCAUUGCGCAUUUUUGGUCUUUGUUCUCCGCAGCCCCUUCAAAGCACCGCAAUCUCAUGCUGCAGGGGAUCGUGGCACAGUGCUGCUUCCCUCAGUUGUCCUUCCUCUCAGCUAGUGUCCGAGACCUGAUUCGCAUUGAUUUUGUGACGGCCUUGCCACCAGAGAUCUCUUUCAAGAUUCUGUCUUACCUUGAUACCGCUUCUUUGUGCAGUGCAGCUCAAGUGUCCCAUAGCUGGCGGGCUCUUGCAGAUGAUGACGUUGUCUGGCAUCGUAUGUGUGAGCAGCAUAUCGACCGCAAGUGUGAAAAGUGCGGGUGGGGGCUCCCCAUGCUUGAUAGGAAGAGGUUAAAGGACACAAAGCGCCAGGUUCAGCUGCGGGCAGCUGGCAAGGAGAUUGCUCCUAAUCAACGGCCACAGCAACAGCACCGACCGUGGAAAGCAGUCUAUAUGGAUCGUUUCAAGGUUGGCACCAACUGGAAGUACGGCAGAUGCACGACCACCAUAUUUAGGGGACAUACAAACGGUGUCAUGUGUCUACAGUUCGAUGACAAUAUCCUUGCUACCGGCUCGUAUGAUGCUACUAUUAAGAUAUGGGACAUUGAGACCGGCAAGGAGAUACGCACGCUUCGGGGCCACGAAUCGACUAUCCGCUGUCUGCAGUUCGACGAUACCAAACUGAUCAGCGGAAGCCUUGAUCGAACCAUUAAAGUGUGGAACUGGCGAUCAGGAGAGUGUAUAUCAACAUACACUGGCCAUCAAGGUGGGGUCCUUUGUUUACAUUUUGAUUCCACAACUCUUGCCUCGGGUUCAAAGGACAACACUAUCAAGAUCUGGAACUUCCAUGACAAGUCCACUCGGAUCCUCCGCGGGCACGCGGACUGGGUCAAUUCAGUUAAGCUUGAUACUGCUUCUCGUACUGUAUUCUCUGCUUCUGAUGAUCUCACCGUUCGUAUCUGGGACUUGGACACGGGUAAAUGUAUCCACAGUUAUGCAGGACAUGUAGGUCAAGUCCAACAGGUCCUCCCACUCCCACGAGAAUUCGAGUUCAAACACCAGUCAAAUUGUGCAGAUGAUAGAAGCGAUCGUCUCUCUGGCUCAGAAUCUCCCGACCACCGAGGAAGUCAUGGCUAUAGAAGUAAUAACGCACCAGACCAACAGCCUAACACUUCCGCCCCUCCGACCGAGCCCAUGUCUCCCCUUUUUGAGGCCCUCUUCACCGAAGACCAAGGCCGUCCAGCUCCACCACGCUAUAUGCUUACUGCUGCUCUUGACCUUACCCUUCGUCUCUGGGAGGUUCACACUGGUCGCUGUCUCCGAACGUUUUUCGGACACAUUGAAGGCGUCUGGGGGUUGGCUGCUGAUACCCUCCGUUUUGUCUCUGGUGCACAAGAUCAUAUGGCAAAGGUCUGGGAUCCCCGAACCGGAACCUGCGAGAGAACGUUCACCGGUCAUAGGGGACCUGUUACCUGCGUCUCUCUUAGUGAUAGCCGCAUGGCAACUGGAAGCGAAGACUCUGAGGUCCGAAUGUACAGUUUCAAAGCUUGA